CGAGUUUGACGAGCAGCAACUCAAAAAUGCAGCAGUAAGGAGUGUCACUCUCUCACAGCAGUCAUGACUGAAUCCUUUGAGAGAGCAGUAGAGGAUGUGAAGGUGCUGGAUAAGAGGCCGGGAUAUGGAGUACUGGGAGAAGUAUAUGGGUUGUACAAGCAGGCAACAGUUGGAGAUGUUAACAUAGAGCGUCCAGGGUUCUUUGACAUAGCAGGACGAGGAAAAUGGGACGCAUGGGAACGAAGGAAAGGUCUUUCAAAAGAAGAAGCAAUGACCGCCUACGUUGACCUGGUGGAGGAGCUGAAGGGGAAAUUUGGGUUCUCUCAAAUGACGUAGCCUUUUCAAUGUCACAUCUCUAAUGUUGUUCUCAGUAGAAACAAAAAAUUGGACACCAUUUAGAACAGAUUGUACACGCUGCUGCACUCUUUGGUACUUAAUUACUGUGUAAGACACGAUUGGUCGAAAUGCUUGAGAGCACAGCAGUUUGGAGUACUUUCUGGUACUCUAAAUUGGUUAAAACCAAAAAAGUGUAGCAAUAGAAGCACUUUGGGAAAUAACACUGAUUUGCUUUCUUGCUGAGAGCAGGAAGAAAAUGGCUAGCCUUUAUGCUAAGCUAAGCUAGUCGCAUGCUGGCUCGAGCUUCAUAUUUAGCUAUCAGCCAUUAAAAAGAUGUGGUAUCAAUCUUCUCGUCUAACUCUCAGCAAGAACAUGAAUAGAUGUGUUUCCUAAAAUGUCUAACUAAUGAGUUGAAGUGUGAAUAAAAUGUACCAUUACGUAUAACAACGGUUUAA